AUGGGGCAGAAUAGGGUUGAUACCAUGAAGGAGGUUCAGGUGCCUCUUCAUCCGAUCCCGUCUAUGCAGGAAGCCUUCGCGGAGUCGAUGCUGGAAGCCAAUGAAGCCACGACGCCGAAUGUGCCCAAGAAUCGACCGGGCAAUGCGGCUGCGAGGAGGAAGUUGUUGCUAGAUCAAGAGACGAGUGAGGAGACGCACGCUGGGAGGUGGAAACAACGGCCCGGGCAGCAGUACCACGAGCUAUGGAAAUUGAUGGCGCAGAUCUCGUUCGGCGUAUAUCUGCUGAUGAAGGGUAUGGCGAAAGACGACGAUCAGGUUAUGAAUAUUUUGCAGGGACAUGUGGAUGAGGUAGAUGAGUUUUUGGAGACGACGUUGGAGGAUUUCGAUUUGGCGCAGGAGGAUAUUGAGGAGCGGUUGAAGUUUUUGAAGCUGCCGUUGGAGAAUAUUAUUAUAUUCGAUGCCAUGCUCGAGGAUCGGAAUUUCAGGUUACAGAUCGUCAGCGGGAAUGAGCGGAUCGAGCAUGUUAUCACAAGGACAGCAACGGCCAUGAACGAUGCGUUGAAGGAUGUACAACAGGGUUUGGAUGCGUGUAAAGAGUUCACGAUAUAUCUCGCCGAGGAAGAGAAGAAUGCUAUUUGGAUGAAGGAGAGACCAGAUAUGCAAAAGGUGUUCGAUGCUAUGAAGGGCAACGUCGAAGGAUGGUACAAAGCCUACGUUUCACUACAGACGAAAGGGAACCAUCUUGGGGUAGCAUUGGUACAACUGGGUUCAAUAGUGGCAGAAAUGGAUCGUCGAGCGGGGGAAAUAAGUAGGAAGUCAAGGUUCUCUACAACCCCGACUUCGAUCCCAAUCGCUUCACCCCCAGCUUCCCCACCCCAAUCAAAAGAAAUGCGUCAAUCCAUGCUGAAGAAUCUUCCGUCCGACCCGAACCUUAUUACUCCUGCUAUACGAGCCACCCUCCCCGCUUUCCAAUUGGUUCAGGAUCGUGAACGAACUCCAUCGGAGAGUUCAUCUGAAGUUGAACCACCAGAGCCGGAUUUCAUCCUCAAACCAAGAACGUAUAGUCCUGCCCCUUCUCCGAAACCUCCUGCGGUAGAAGAAGCACCCCCUGAACUCACUAAACGAUCCUCGCUACGGAAACGAUUUUCGAUGAAACGAAAAGAAACUCCAGCAGAUGUCCCGAUCAAGGUGGAACCUCCUGAAGAUGAUUAUUGGGGUCCAAGACAACGGGUUAUGUCCUCAGCGGCGAGGGAAAGAGCAAGAGAGAUUUCAAUUCAUGAACAACAAAAAAGACAGAGGGAGAGUGCAAUGAAUGAACGAUACGAACGACCACGAGAAAUUUCCAUAGACCACCGACCUCGCGAAACCUCCCUAAAUACCCCUCCAUCACGAGGCCUCGACUCAGCCUACUGUUCCGACUUCGAAAAGACAUCCUCCCCUUCAGCCGCCCCACCACCCAACAUCCCUCUCUACCAAACACACUCCAAUACCUCCCGUCCCUUCCACCAAAAUCCAAUCCCAAGCCCUUUAUCAGACAAGCAAUUCUUCCGCCCCGUUCAAGCAUCCCCCAACUCGCCGCUCCAACGCCCAUGGACAGCCGGCCCAUCGAAUCCCCUACACAUGCACAGCAACUCCUCAACCUCAAACCUAUCCCAACGCGGCAACUACCACGCACACACGCCUUCACAACUCGGCAAUCGCCGCGGAGCCCCGUCCGCGAUGGGGAUGAGCGUUAUGAGCGAUAUGACGAUGAUGACGGAUGCGGAGACAGGCAAGAAGGUCAAGAAGAAGAGGAGCGCGUUGGGGUGGUUGAAGAAGGCGUUUAGUCUGAGUGAGGAGGAGAAGAGGGCUUUUGAGGAGAGGAGGGUGUUGGCGGAGCGGGAGAGGGAGAGGGAGAUUAGGGUGCGGGAGCAGGAGAGGAGGAGGUGGGUUGAUGGGAAGAGGAUUCGCUAG